AUGAAGCCUGCGACAUUACGGCCUUUCUUGCCACGACCAGCAAUUCGACGGAGAAUAUUGAUACGUCGAAACUAUGCAGUCCAAGCUCCGGGGAAUCCAACUUUACAGGUCUUUGAUAGGCAUGCAAAGUAUUUGCAGAAAGAAAGAGCAGCUGCCAGCGUAGAAAGAAGUAGGCAGGUCGAUUAUUUGAAGGACGAAGUAGCUAUUAGAUUAACAGAGAGGUUGUUGGACAUAAAUCGGACUUUCAACCAUGUUCUCGACCUCGGGGCAAACUCCUGCAAUAUAGCACGAGCUAUUACUCUCCCAGACCCCGAUCCUGAUCCUUCGAAGACUACCUCCCCUCCACUAUCCUCCCGCAUCGCCCAUCUCACAGCUGCGGAUUCUUCCCGGGCGAUGCUGUACCGUGAUGCGGACCUUCCCUUCAAUCAGGAGAUCAACCUCACACGCGAAGUGCUCGACGAUGAGGAACGGCUCCCUUUUGAAGGAAACACAUUCGAUGCUGUGUUGAGCUCAUUAAGCAUGCAUUGGAUCAACGACCUCCCCUCUGUGCUAGCGCAAAUAAACCACGUCUUGAAACCCGAUGCCCCUUUUAUGGCAGCUAUGUUUGGAGGGGAUACCCUUUUCGAGCUGCGGACAUCUCUGCAAUUGGCAGAUCAAGAACGGAGAGGUGGUGUUUCGCCCCAUGUUUCUCCAUUGGCGGAUGUGAGGGAUAUGGGAGGACUGUUACAGAAAGCCGGGUUCAAGAUGUUGACUGUAGAUGUGGAUGACAUUAUUGUUGAUUUCCCGGAUACCUUUGCUCUGAUGCAAGAUUUACAGGCGAUGGGAGAGAGUAAUGCCAUCCUCGGGAGGGAAGCGGGACCUAUCAAGAAGGACGUUCUGCUCGCGAAUGAGGGCAUAUACCGAGAGCUGCAUGGAAAUGAGGAUGGGACAAUACCUGCUACAUUCAGGAUGAUUUAUAUGAUCGGUUGGAAAGAGGGGCCAAAUCAGUCUCAACCGUUGCCAAGGGGAAGCGGCCAAAUUAAUAUCAAGGAUAUACUUGGUGGCGGAGAAGUUAAAUAA